UGCGGAGUUGCGGGCGAGCUCUGGCGCUCGGGUUUUCGUAAGGCACGAAGACCAACCGGCGGAUGCUGGGACGGGUGUUCGCUGCUGGCUGCUGGCUGCUGGCUGCGACCGGGACCGGGUCAGUGAGGAGCCCUCGCUACUUCCCGGCUGCUGUCUCCUUCCCCACACGCUGCGCUAAUUUGGAGUCGACCAGUGUGCGAGUCGAGACCCAGGCUGAGUGCGAGCUCCUACACUGCUCCUCGCGGGCUGAGGGUAACCCAGAUCUGUUCCUGGAACCAUGAAAGUUUUGUUGGUGUUUGACUUUGACAAUACGAUCAUAGAUGACAACAGUGACACCUGGAUUGUACAGUGUGCUCCAGAGAAGAAGCUUCCUGUUGAACUGCAAGAUUCUUACCAGAAGGGGUUUUGGACAGAAUUUAUGGGCAGAGUCUUUGAGUAUUUGAGAGAUGAAGGGGUGAAAGAAGAUGAAAUGAGAAGAGCAGUGACGGCGAUCCCUUUCACCUCAGGCAUGAAGGAGCUUCUCGGAUUUCUAAGUGUGAACAAGGACACGUUUGACUGCAUCAUUAUUUCAGACUCCAACUCAGUCUUUGUAGACUGGGUGUUGGAAGCUGCUGAUUUCCACGGUGUCUUUGACAGUGUGUUCACAAACCCAGCAGCUUUUGACAACAAUGGGCGACUCACAGUGAGAAAUUUCCACACUCACUCCUGCAGCAGGUGUCCCAAGAAUCUUUGCAAAAAUGCAGUUUUGGUAGAAUUUGUAAAUGAGCAGUUACGAAAGGGAGUGAGAUAUACACGGACUGUUUAUAUAGGUGAUGGCGGAAAUGAUGUCUGCCCAGUAACCCUUUUAAAGAAAAACGAUGUUGCCAUGCCCCGGAAAGGGUACACCUUACACAGAACUAUUGCUAGAAUGUCUCAAAAGCUCGAGCCUAUGGAGUCUUCUGUUGUUGUUUGGUCUUCGGGUGUUGAGAUAAUUUCUCAUUUACAAUUUCUAAUAAAGGAGUGAUGUGCCAACCAUUGAAAUCUGUAUUACUUGAGAUUGAGUUCAGCAACAUAAAGCUAAGUCCCCAGUGUUAAUACCUUUAAAAGUGUGAGGGCUUUUCCUCUUUGAAGACUUUGGAGAUAGUUCAAGGCCACUGUGUUGCUCAGUCAAUCUCAGCCGUGACUUGAGGUUGAUAUCCAAGCUCAAGUCCUCACAACAAACAUUCUGGGCAGCAAGGACCAGGGCAGCGAGGUUGUCACCCUUUGCUUAAGCUUGUUUGCCAGUUGUGCCAGAAAGUUCUGUUGAAUACCACUAACCAAAACCUAGUCAGUGCCUCCCCUAACUGCAAACAUGGAAC